ACCAAAGUCGAAGCCAAGUACAAGGGCAAGACGUUCUACCCGGGCAAGAUCAUGAGAGUCCAUAUCGACGGCAGCUACGACAUCGACUACGACGACGGCGAGAUUGAGAAGAAGGUGUCACCCGAACUUGUUCGCGUCAAGGGCGGCGACAAGCCCGAGAGUCCCAAGAAAGCCACCUUCCGUGUCGGCGCCAACGUCGAGGCCCGGUACAAGGGUAAAUCCAAGUACUACCCGGGCACAAUCACGCGCUGUCACAGUGACGAGACAUUUGACAUCGACUACGACGACGGCGAAGCCGAACGACGGGUCGAGAAGGAUCUCAUGCGUCUCGUCUCGGCGACCAGUAGCGACAACGAGAAGGAGUCCUCGCUUGCGGUGGGCACGAAGGUGGAAGCCAAGUACAAGGGCAAGACGUUCUACCCCGGCAAGAUCACCCGGUGUCACGCUGACGGCAGCUACGACAUCGACUACGACGACGGCGAAAAGGAGAAGCGCGUCGAGAAGGACUUGAUUCGCGUCCUUCAAGCCAAGAAAACAAGCAAAGCGCUCAAGGUCGGCACCAAGGUCGAGGCCAAGUACAAGGGCAAAGCCAAGUUUUAUCCUGGCAAGAUCACCAAAGUCCACGCCGACGGCAGCUACGACAUCGACUACGACGACGGCGAACAUGAGAAGCGCGUCGAGUCGGACAUGAUUCGUAUUGUGACCGACGCCAGUGACGACGAUGGCGACGACGAUGCCAAGCGCCUCGACGUCGGCACCAAAGUUGAGGCCAAGUACAAGGGCAAGACGUAUUACCCCGGCACGAUCACAAAGGUACACCUAAACGGCAGCUACGACGUUGAUUACGACGACGGCGAGAUCGAGAAAAAGGUCGACCGGAGUCUCAUUCGCGUCCGGGCGUCGUUUGCCGUCGGCGCCGACAUCGACGUCUGCGUUCAUGGCAAGUAUGUCCGCGGUCGCAUCAAAAAGAUGUACAGCGAUGGGAGCUGCGACGUCUCGCUCGCCGACGGCGACAAGGCCAAGCGGGUCGACGCGGCCAAGGUGCGCCCGCACAAGCGUGACCACCCGAGCAGUGGCAGUGACAGCGGCAGUGACAAACCCAAACCAACGUCCUUUCCUGUCGGCAGUCGUGUCGAGGCCAAGCCGCCAGGUAAAAAAACAUUUGCCCCCGGACGCGUCACCAAGGUCCACGCGUCAUCCGGAACACUGGACGUGACGUUCGACGACGGCCGUGUCGAAGCACGACUGCCGCUCGAUCGGAUCCGGAAGCGUCACCUGCAAAAAGGUGACGCGGUGCAGAUGCAACUCAAAGGCAAGUCAGUGCGUGGCACGAUUGCCAAAGUUCACAGCGACGGCAGCUAUGACGUGGCACUCGCAUCCGGUGACACGCGACGCAACGUCGAUCCGGCAGACGUCGACGCACCGGUUGCAUCAUCGUCGUCGUCGUCCGAGGACGAAGCACCGGCGAUUGCCAAGGGCACGUCGGUGCUUUUGCGCAACGGUCGCAAAGGCGUUGUGUCCAAGCUGCAUGCGUCCGAUCGGUCUGUCGAUGUGACGUUGAUCGACGGCUCGGUCGAGACGCGUGUGGCUCGAAAAGACGUCACGGUCGCCCCCGCCGCGCCGCCGUCGUCGGGCGAAGACGAGCCGGCACCGCCACCGGUGGGCCCGCGUCACCGGUUCAAGUACAAGCGCGGUCAACCGGUCGAGAGCCAGUGGAAGCGCAAGACCAAGCUCUGGAUGCGUGCAACAAUCGUCGCCAAGCAAGUCGACGGCACCUACACGAUCCGAUACCAAGACGGUGUGGUCGCCGACAACGCCCCGGAAGCGACAAUGCGUAGCGUGCUCGCGUCGUCGUCGGACGAAGACAAACCGCCGCCCCCCGCGUUGUCACCGAUGGACGAACGUUUCUAUCUCCAGCAGUUGCUUCUCACGCUCUACGAGGAAGGCGAACUACUUCGAAAAGCUCCGAAAUCCAAAUCCAAAAGCCGUCGCGCGACGACGGCCGAGGCCAAAGACGAAGCCAAGACCGACACACCGCGCGCACCGGCGUCCGAGAAUGACAGCUCGGGCAGCGACGACGCCGCCUCCGAUCACAAACAUACACCGAGAAGAACAACUCAGGAUCAAAACAAGCACGGUGGCGACUCGGACGCGGAUGAAAAGACACCACGGACAACGUCCACCGACGACGUUGGCAGCGGCGACGACAGUGACGCUCUUCGGAAACUACACUAUCCGGGGCGCGUCGCAGUGCAUUUGAAUCGGUUUCCGCCGCUCCCCUUUAUUGGCUUUGUCAUUGCGCUUGCCUACGUCAGCUACUGCGACGCCAAGGGCGCCUUGGCCACACACAUGGAGCUGGAGGCGAUUCAUGCGACGCGAUUUGCGAGUAAGCACGAAACAAAGCGCCAAGUCCAGCUCUGGCAAACCAAACUCGGCUUUCGCAUCUUUGAGCGGCUUACGCACGCGUUUCAAGAACAAGCGGUCGUGACCGCCGGCGUCCCUAUGGUGACGGUGGACGCCGCGACCGCGAUCGUCGGCAGCGUCGGCCGUCAUCUCGUGCCCAAGAAACCGAUCGCGCUCCACUGGGCGCAGCUGCAUUUGUUGCCGCAUCAUUUGCUCGACUUGUCCGAAACCUGCUGCGUGUUUUACCAGCAAUACGGGUCCCUCGACGCGGUCGCAGAGACCCAGCGCAUCGACGCGGCCAUGGAGCUGCGUCCCGUGGCCUUUGUCGCAGCCUGCAUGUACUCGAACGGCGACGACUGUCAUAUGGACGAAGUGGUGCGUCGCUUGAGUGUCGGGCGACUACCAGCCCAAGUGGACAUGAUCCAUCGCGUCCAUGAUGCCUUUGUCGCGCUCUGUGACGAGCGGCAGCAGCUGGCGAUUGGCCGCGUGGAGACGCUCUUGCAAAGUUUGUCGGUGCCGGCCGACGUCGUCGCGUCAUCGCUGCUGCUCUGUCGACACCAUACGAGCGUGUCCCUUGUCGAGCUCUUUGCCCUCCUCGGUCAUUCUCUUGUUGACAGUUUGGAUGCGAUUCCGAGCAUUGCGAAUGCGCUGAGUCGACUACGGCUGCGUGAGAGCCACGCCGAUGUCAAGCAGGUGCUGGGCGUCUGCCGGACACUGCUCCACAAUGUCGUCCGGUUCCCCAACAACCGCGACUACUGGCGCAUCCGCUGUGACACGCCGGCGUUUGAGCAAAAACUGGGUCGGUUCCGGGAUUCACCGGCGCUUCUCGAGGCCAUUCAUUUUGUGUUGGUCAACCAAACCCACUACGAACUACGCGGCGCGCGGUCACCGACAGGUGUCCGAGUAUCGGCCCUCUUAGCCUCGACGUUGGCGCUGUUAAAAGAGGCUUUGGAUGGAAUCGAGCAGGAACUCGUCCAAGUGGAAGGCGGCAGCAGCGUCCGCGAUGUCGUCGAAGCGAGCCUCCGCCAGUUUCACCACUCAGUGCCCGAAGUCCGCGCGGCUUUGGACCUUGCGCUUGUAUAUCUUCUCAACAUCCUCAAGCACCCGAAUGACGCCAAGUACUGGCGCAUUCGUGCCACCAACAAGGUGUUUGCGACCAAAAUUGGGUGUCUCCAGAACGCCGUCGCGUUCAUGCAAGUGCUUGGCUUUGACUGCAUCGAGGCCUCGUCGGGUUGCAUCUAUGAGCUGCGCCAGGACGUGGCCAAAACCAAGGACUCGGACGUAACACCGCUCGCCCAUUUUUCCUUUCCGACAUUGUCGGAGCGGGUCGAGAGCUUUUUAUGGCGACGCAAGCAAGACAUUGAGCUCUUAUUGCACGAAGGAAGUGCGACGGUCGCCAAGCCGCCGUUGCUCGCACCGGCGUCCCCAUCGAUGUCGCAAGCAGCCGCCACCACCUUGGGUCACCGAGAACAUUUCCCGUACGGGCUCAAUACCCGCACACUCUUUGGCAAGUCGGACGUGCAGCGCAUUCAACUCGACAUGAUCGACGCGGUGUUUCAAGGCUUGGAUGGUUCCCACCGCGGGUAUUUGACGCUACUGGACGUGCAGCACUGGAUGACGCCAUUGCCAUUUGUGGGUUCCGUGGCCACACCCGAGCAGUUAUUUGCCUUCCUCGACUUGGACACCGAUGGGCACGUGACCAAAGAUGAGUUUGUCGCGUCGUUUGGGCCUCUGAUUGACCAUCCGUACACCCUCUUUCCCUUACGUAUCGAGCGAGGGCUUUCCGUGUGUGAGUCGGUCUCGGCCAGCGUCGGCGUCGUGCGCAUGACAUUAGGCAUGGCGUCGGCCCGGUGUCUUCUUGUCGAUAUUUUGCGCGCUGUCGACGCUGUUAUAGCAGCUCCAAGCGACGUUCGGCAACACCGGACCGUCUUGCCGCCCACCGCGCCGCUUCGGAGCUUUAGCGAUGCGUGCAAGGACCUUCUACGCACUCUUGGCUUUGAGCUUGUGACGGUCACAACCCCCAGCGACGCACGGACGCCGACACCGGCCACGCACCCCGAAACCGCUUCCGACCACGCAAAAUCGGUCCAGGAUGCAACAGCGACGGCCGCCGCCGAAUCCAAAACCAUACACUACCUUGUCCUCUCGUGCACCAAAGGCGGUCGCCAGCCCGCGACGCCGCCCGCCGUGGGCCGACUGCAAACGAUGCGCGCCGUGCUCUUUGGCCAUCUUUGGGGAAUGGCGCACCCGUCGGUGAGCGACGUCGGCGGCACGACGCGCGGUUUUUUGCACCAUCUCCUCAAGCACGCUGCGCACGCGCUACCCGCUUGGAUCGGCGUCGCCAAAGCGCUUCGGGAGCUGCUGACGAACAUGGUCGCAAACGCCCACGACCCGUCGUUCCGUCGUAUUACCGUCUCGUCCCCGAGCUUUAUGCGCACCGUCGGGAACGUUCCCGGUGGUCCCGAAUGGUUUGCUGCGAUGGGCUACCACGAGUCGGCGCGCGGGGCGCUCGAAUAUGUCGUCGACGGGGCUUCGUCGGCCGGAUGGGUCGCCGAUGUCCGAGGCCGACUGUUGGAAGUUGACGUCAUGAUUGCGUACCUGGAGCACGCGGCCGACACUUCCGUGGCGUCCGCCGAGCCUGCCACGACGGCGGCCGACGACGCGGUCGCUCGGAUCAAAGACCCGGCGGCCAAGAAGCUCGUGCAGUCGUACCAGAAACAGGCACAGUUUGCCCAAGUCCAGAAGGACCGCGUGCAGCAGCAAAAUGCGCAGCUCCUCGCCCAAGUUCAAAAACUCUCCAAGCCAAAUGGUCGCCUUUCCAAAGCGACGCCGCCGAUUGUCAAGACGUCGGCACCGGUGCGCACAUCGGCGUCGGCACCGACAGUGGCUCCUCGACCGCGAACCACAGCCACGGACGUCCGACGCCCACUCAGUCAGGCACGCAAACGUCCGACGACUGCGUCCCCCGCCGACCCCUUCACCGUGGACGUAGCGCACGCCACGAUGGCCGGCGAUGCGACGAUCGUGCUUCGUAACGUGCGACCGACAUUGGUCACCGAUCAAGACCGGCCUGUGGUGUCGAUGGCACCGCCGUCAACGACUAACGAGAUCGUUGUUCGUGUCGCUUCCGGGUUUCGGUACGCGCAUACACCGACCGAGUCGGCGCGCCUUGUCUGCCUGCCACCAUCCUCCGCCCAACGAUCCUGGGACCUUUGGGGCUACCUACAAACAGCGGUUUGGGAUGCGAUUCUAACCCGCGUUGUCGCGUCGGGCGUCCCCGACGCUUCGUCAUCUGUCGUGGUGACAACAGCGGACGUUGUGCCAGCGCCAGCAACGACAUCGGUGUAUGGCACCGUGUCAAUGGGCCAUACCACACUGCCUCAAGGCGCGUUGUCGGCCGUGCGGCCAGGACGUGUUGUCUUCUGGGACACCGGGGCACAUGCACUACAGGAGCAUGUAGACACGGUAGAUGUCACGCAGUUAUGGUGCUGGUUCCGGCAUACACCGGCGUUGUACACGUCCGACGGGCGCGCCGCCCGGGGCGCCAUCUCGGCUGCCAUCUACGACACUUCGUGGUUGCCACCGCUGCUGGAGCACUGGGAAGCCAAUGGCGCUGCCGACGUAAACUGGUCCGAUCUUCUGGAUGCGGUAUCACCGUCGCUACCGCCGACGUAUCGAGAGCAAGCGCUAUUGUUGCCGACCGACCGCAUCUCGGCGUCGGUGGCGCGCUUGAUGGACGUGUGCUCGUCACCGACCAGUAUGGUCGAGAUCGACGCCAGUUUGCCACUCGAGCCGCACCAGCGAAAGCGACUGCGCGCCUUUGCAACGACACCGACACUGACAUCGACGGCACCGAUGCAUGCACAGUGGUGGUGCGAGCUCGAGUACUACAUUCGCACCAAGCGACCAUUUGCACCGGCGACACCCCGGUUGUUUCCACUGGCCGCCAACAUGGACGCCGUCGCCCAUGAGCACGUGAGUACGACACGGACCGUCAUUGAUAUGGUGGCGACACCGACACACGUUUACUUGUUGACCGACCACGGCGGCGUUCAAGAAUGGUCGUUGACCGGAAGCCAUGGAUCAACUGCCACGGUUGCAUCUCCGACAUCAGGUAAACCAAACGAGGCGCUCGCCACAUUGGCCAAGCACCGUCACGGACGGUUGGCAUCGACGCCGUUGCUGCUACUCGGCGCCGGGGACCGGCUACUCGGUGUCAACACGUCGCUCGGACUUGGCGGCGCUCAGUUCUUUACCACGCAGCCGCUCGCGCGGUCGCAGACAGUAACGCUGCCGAUGUUGACGUCGUCGAGCGGUGUUGCAACGACACUGUUGUUGACCAGCGACGGCGCGACGCUCCUCGUUGUUGUGAGUACGCUGCCGCACAAGACCUUUGUCGUGUCAAUGGCCUCGAACGCAGUCGUCGGUGUCGUCGACCACGUUCACUUCUCCAAAAGCCAACCGAUGCACCACGCCGUGGUCUCGGAGUCGACCGUGUCGAGUUGCAUCUCGGGCCAAGGCGGGCGCGUUCAACUCUGGGACGUCGACAAACUGGUAGUUAGCAGAUGUUGGACUGUGUCGGGCGUCGGUCGCAUGUCGGCGCUGGCCGUGGUCGGGCCGCAUUACGUGGUCGCCGCCUACGAGACGCCGGCGUGCGCGGUUCUUUGGGACCAGCGCCAUCCAUCGAGUUUGCCGAUGCAUCUCUGGUCGCUGCCGUCGCCGGUGUCGGCGCUGCUUCCAGUAGCCCUUGGCGCAUCACCGACGUCGGUGAUAUCGUGCUCUGUGGUGUGUGAUCCCGAUACGCUGGCCGACGCCGCGACGUUUCCAGGUGUUAUCAAGGCCGUGCUCUACAUCUUUGAGACACACGUCGUUCCAGUCGUCGUCAACGACACGAUUCUGACGUCGAGCUACAUCACGCUCCACCGACGUCUCGCCCUACCUCCCGAGGUGUGGUUUGGUCAGCGUCAUAUUCGUCGCAUUGGCUACGUGACGCUGCUGACGUCAGCACUUACACUGACAGACGUUCUCGAUGGGUACGGCCUCAAGCGCGUGCUCCUCGAGACGCAACAGACGAUCGACCGGUUCUUGGAGGCUCACAACUUGCAAGUGCGGCUCGCCAUGUUCUACUCGGUGCGGGAUGGCCCAACGACCAAGUGCCGACCCGUCGAAGCGGACGUAUCUGUGCCAGCACCGCUACACGCCGUCGCGCUUCGCUUGGCCAACGACAAGCUCCAGUGGGUGUAUCCGUAUCGGGCAACUGUUGUGGCCACGCCGGUGGCCGUGCCGGCGAUGGCGGAAGCGUACGUUGCCCUGCAACUUCACCGGGUUCGACGUAUUUCGUCGGCGGUACCCAUCCCAGAGACUGACUUGGUGUCGGUCGCAGCGCACGAGGUUGGACACAUUUGGCUGCCCACUUUGUACCUGCAAUUGUCGCCGAUCGACGUCUGCGUCCGGACCAUCCAAGACAGUCUGUCGCAGGCGCUGUGGCACCCGUCGCGGUUUGACGAGGGACCAUUUUUGUCCAUCUUGCGCUGGGCGUCGGCCUGGUGGCCGUUCAUGUUACCAGACAGCAGUAGUCGAGUGCCCACGACGCAGUUGCACCGCGCACUGGCAUCGAUGCGCCCGCCAAUGUGCUUUAUGUUUUGGCAGUCGCAUCUUUUGGAAGCUCUCGAGACGUGGACAGAGCCGAUGACGUCGCUGGAUGACGUCGCCAUGCUGCUCCGCCAGAUCCAUGCGCGUCAUUGGAUGCUACCGGAGGUCUACCGCCUCUUUUCGCAGUGGCACGUUGUCUACCCCCGCAGCGCGCUACCCAGCUUUGAAAGCUUUGCCGCUUUUGUCAAGAACCAGCUGCACCCGGCGGUGACCGAGUGCACACCGACGAUCGUUGCCCAGUGGCUGUUGCAGCAACGACAGUAUGUACACACUUUGCCGUACACCCGCCUUAUGCCGGACGAUCAAAAGCACAGUUCGUCGAUUCUGCAUACGUACCAAACGUGGCUGCGUCACAGAACAGUGCACCGGCAACUACAGAACGACGGCCAAGCGCUUCGACGACGUGUGCACGAAAGCAUUGCGCUACUGGACGAUGCACCGACGACCUGUCUCGCUGCACCGGCGACACGACCCGCCAAGCUGCACGCCCUGGUCGACUGCCAUAUUCUGUGUCCGCUGCCGCGCUUGCAGAGCCGAGACCGCUGGGCGUACGCUGGCUCUGGGUACGAACCGCAGACAAAGCUCAAGCGAUCCGUCACGAUCCUCGCCAUGCGUUGCACCGAAUUGGUGAAGGCAGAGCGACGACUCCUGCUCCAGCUUGUGCAACGACCCGAGCACGCGACAGCGUUUCUACCACUAUUGCCGCAUGCCGUCAUGGAUGCUGCGAAUGACGACGAGCAUGACGAAGGCGCCGUCGGCAGGGCACCGACACCGGUCGCUCACUGGGUGUGUGCACCGAUGGAGUCGUGGGUACCGCUAGCUGACGUCCUUCGAGUGUACCCGCUCGGUACAUCGACCAAGUUGCACAGCUUUCUUCGUCCCUGGGUCCAGCAGCUUCUCGACGCAAGCCACCUUGUAGCCUUUCACCACGAAGUUGCACUUGUGCGCUGGGACGUGCAGGCGCUGCUCGUGUCACCAAACGGCCACCAGCUCAAAUUCUGGCAACUGCACCUUGGUAGUAGUGAUACCCCGGUGCACUACGGAGCCGUCCUUAGUGUAUUUUUGCAGCAACUGCAAACACCGACGUCACCAUCGGUCGCCUGCGCCGAUUUCAUUCAGUCGAUCCAGGCUCUAGCCAAGAGCUGCAGCAAUGACGCGACGGCAUCGUUGUCGACGCUGGCAGCGGUCGUCGCCAGAGUAUUGCCCGACGCCGACGCAUCGGUGCCGUUGGCGACCGACCACGUGCAGUGGUCUCUUCGCUUUGAGCUCGACAUUCUACGGCCACUCUCUCGGACAGCUGCCGACGUCGGUGUCGGUUCUGUGAGCUCUCUGCUACGGACGAUGGACGGCGCAACAACCGCGCUUGCUACGGUGCUACGGAAUUGGCAGCCGACGUCCGGUUGGCAAGUCCAGUGCGCAUUUGAAUGGAUGGUCGAGAAGCACGGGUUGCAGAACCUCGUCGAUGCAACCAUUGGCCUCUACCAUCGGCUUCGAACCACCGACCACGACACGCAGCGGGCUAUCGCCACCGUGCAGAGCACACUGACCGUCUUGGAGUCAUGGCUAGCUAACCCGCCGUUGAUCGAGCACCCAUCCAGCCUCACGCUGGUGGUCCACCUCGUGCAAGCGCUUUUGGCCGUCGCGACGGGCGACACAACCCGGUGGGAACCGUCGCUAUGGCGCGUUUCGGAGCCGCUCCUCGGCGCGGUCUUGGGCGACACCAAGUCGCCAAAACUCGCACGGGUCUACGGGUUGCUGGAGCACUACUGCGCUGCUGUCGACCGCCAAAAUAUCGACGCGUCGUCAGAGACGAUCCCGUACUAUCGCGCGGACGUUGUCCCUGCCAAUGCAUCCUGGGUGCAGUGGAAAAUGGUGUAUACAACCUGGAGUCUCUGGUUUGAGCUCGUGACGAUCGGACCCGCGUCCGUAAAGGCAUCGCUCAAGGCCCGCAUCCAAAUUGUGCACGCGCUAAGCCAUCUCUACUACCAGAGUCCAGAGACAACGGCGCAAGCAUGGGUGACCGGUGUCCCGCUACCGCUUCUCCUCUCGCAACUCCUUCGCGACCACGAGAUUCUCAUGCUUGAGGCGACAUUGACGCUGGUCGAAGUCAUUCUCCACACGCCGACCUCGCUAGCGCAACGAGAUCUCGCCGACGCCAUUGCCUCGACGCCGGUCGUGCUGCAGGCGCUCGUGAUGGUUGCCACUCGGUGCUUGCGUCAGAUCCAACUGCACCCGCUUGCACAGACGACGGUGUUUCAACACGUUCUCAUGUUGGUUGUUGCGAUAUUAUCGCAUAUGGUCACCGGUGGUGCGCGGCUCACGCGCUGUUGGCCGUCGGCGCACAUUGUGCGUUUCCUCCGACGCCACAAGAUGCCGCCGCUGCUUCUGCGCCCGUACCGCGAUGCCGCGUACCCACAUGUAUUGCGGUGCCAACCUAUGGCCAAGCCCGACGCGGACUGCGCAUUUCGCCGCAUUUUGGACCGCCUCGAGAGCCAGCACCACCUCCAUUUACUGCCAGAUCAAAACCCGACGACGCUCGACGACCUCGUGCACCGGGGUACGGACAUUGACGCGUACAACGGCACCUUUCAAGAGCAACGGGCGCUGCUUCUCGAGUUGAAAGCCACAUAUGGCUACCACAAGACGCUCGGCAGUGAUUCGCUCGCCGAAUUUGCGCAUUUGAUCGAGCGUUUGGUGCCCUGGAUGCACCGGGCGUGGGCUCAAGUCGCUCUACGGACGCCGUCGCGCUUGACGUCCGAUCAGAUCGACGUCGUAUUGGCCAGCGUCGCCGUCCUCGAAGAGAUUGCGACAUCAGCGCCAGUACCACCGAUGCUAGAACGGGCGUUGACGUCGGCGGUCGACGGUAUCUGGGACGCCAUGGCCACGCACACGGCGUCAUCGUCGUCAUUGCCGUCGCACGUCGUCUCGUUGCAUAAAUCGAUCGUAUCGACGAUGGUGGCAAGUCACCGAUGGCUCUCACCUCUGGCACCAGCGUCGGUGACGACGCUACUUGAUCCGACGCUUAGUGCGUUGGUGCGUUUGGUGUGGCGAGCGUGGAUGCAGGCGACAGACCCGAAUGUCCCGAUAGCGAUUGUAGCGAGUGGCGCCUGUCGUCGCAUCGUGCUCGACUGGAGCCUCGGCGCCGACGCGGACCUCGGGUUGCAACUGGUGCUGGCAACCGUGACCGAUGCCGUCGACAAUUCGAUUCCCGUCGAAAUGGCCAAGCUAUACACCAAGUAUGCAACCGCAUGGCUCUCGCGUCGUCAGGAAAUGCGGCUGUGGCAACUCAUCGCCUGUCUCUCCAAAUGGCACAAGCCGCUUGCCGCGCAACUGGCAACCACCGGCGACCUUCCGCACUGGGUCCUAACAUUUCAUCAAACGGGGCGACUCCCGCUGGACAAGUCGCUUGACCACGACGUGACGACAUUUUGGCGACAGUGGGCUCGCGGGAUCCCCACAACGACUGCAGCCUCGGUGCCAUCGUCGCCAGCGGCAACGGCAACGGUGACGGCCUCACCGACGCGUCCUCUGUCGACGUCAGCUCCACUGACAAUCGAGAUCCCUCCCCGUCCAGGGUCCCCACAGAAGAAAAGUCCGUCGCCUCCGCCUCGAAAACCAACGAUGCACUCGGACGAUCCAGCAACAACAACGUGGCCGCGUGUCAUCUUGUCGCCCGUGUCCGAGGUGCCAACAUCACAAACGCUCUCGGUCCACGACGUCGUCCAGUCGUUCUGCAAGGCAGUGGGAUUGCAACUGCCCGAGUGUCGACUUGUCGAGCUCGCCGACGCGGCUUUGUCCAAAGCGCGCUGGACCUUCUGCAUCAAUCCGGCCAACACCCGCGCUCUCGCUGCUACUCGAGCGCUCGCAGCGUCGCCUUGGUGCACGCACGGGGUCGUGAUCGCGGUGGACCUCGAGUUGCCGGCGCCAGCAUCCCCGCCCCGGCGGCCAAAUGUGUCGAUGGCACAGCUCGUCGCAGCCAUGGGCAACCACAUUGCGAUUCUAAAAGCAUCAUUCGAUGCGAUUCGGCGCGAGAACGAUGUGCUUCCGGCACUGUGGGCGUGUCGGGUCAAGUGCACUCCGAAGCAGUAUCAGCAGGCACUUUUGCGCUUGCACAUUGGCGGUGCGCCGGCCGAAGCAAUCCCGUCAUUUGGCUCGUUUGUCCACCUGUACGCCGACCUCUCGGGACUCUCGUCGCAGAUGACCCGUCGCCCCAACCAUGUGUACAUCAUGCAGCACGCACGAGGUCCUACGUCGAGCUGCUGGGAAAGCCUCUCCAAACCGCUUUUUGAAGCGUGCAAAGCCGUAUUUUCGCUACAUGCAACAGCAGCCGACGCGACGAUGCCAUUAUCGUCCGUGUACUCGGCGCUAUGCAUGCUCGUACCAGCCCUCGCUACCACCCAAGACGAGGUGCAGGACGUGAUCGUAGAGACAUCGCGCGCCGAGCUUUGGCGGAGUGCGAUUGGCCUUUCCGACUUUGCACUUGUCGUCGGCCACGUCUACGAGGCAUUGCAAGAUGCGGUGACGCUACCGACACACCCGGUCGUGCCGUUGCCGUCGACGUCGGUGGUGUCCAAUGCCAUCGUCGACGACGUUGACACGGUACAGACUCGCGCACCGGUGCGCACGGCCGUUGCAAGCCCCGCGACGCCCUCCAAAGACGAUUUGUAUUCGCAUCAUUCGUCCAGCGACGACAGCGACGAUACCAAAGCGGUGCCCAAGAGCAGAGCCAAGGCCACAAACAAGAAGCCUCUGUCCAAGUCCGCUCGUCGCGGUACCCGUAGCAGUAGCAGCGACAGCGGUAGCAGUGAUGAUGGUGACACCAAGGCGCGCCGCCGGCCACGACAUGUUCAACGCCCGCCGCCACCAAUGACCAAACCCAGCACGUUGAUGCCGCAACCAACACACCGUGAAAUGACGCUCCGAGCUGUGUUUGACAAGUAUGACGCCGAUGGCGAUGGUGUCCUUUCGUUUUCCGACUUGCGAAAGGCGCUUGCGUCCCGGCAGCUGCGCGACGUGGAGAUUCGCCAGUGGCUCCUUGAGCACGACACGAGCGGUCACGGUCACGUCUCGUUCGCCGACUUUGUCAAGCAUUACGCAACCCCGACGUCCGUGCAUACCUCCACGCCUCCCGCGUCGGCCGUCAAGAGCCCAUCGACGGUGACGGCCGAGCUGUACCGACCACCGCCACCGGGAUAUGAGAGUGGUAGCUAUCGCUUGGGCGGGGCGACGGGGGACGUCGAGCAGCGUCGACAGCUGCGCCGGCUUUUUGAGGCGUACGACUAUGACAGCGACGGCAAGGUCUCGGCGCGGGACCUGCGCACAUUCUUUUGCCAACAAGGCCGGACCGACGUGGACGACGACAUGAUUCAAGAGUGGAUUCUCGCCAAAGACCGCAAGCAACUCGGCGCUGUCGACCUCGAAGACUUUUUAGCGGCCUACGAAGGCACGCACCGCCGGGCCAACCACGGCUAAAUCCGAGCUAUAAGCCGCACAGACCAACGACUGGAUAUAAGAACGUAGUCGAUAGUUCUGGACUAGGCAUGGAUAU